AUGGACAUUGAACUGCUCCGUUAGUCGUGUGGUAGGCUCUUCCGUUCGAGAACCUUCCGGAAGUUUCCGACCUUUGCAGCAGUUGGAUUGGCAGUCUGCUCGAGUGUUUCGUUGCUUCUUGUCGGCUGCAAAACUGCGGAUCGAUUAGUGACUCGAAGGGAACGGAUGAAAGAGUCUUCGAGAAGAAAGAAGAAGAGAAGGGAUUCGGAACGGUCGAAGCGGCAGAAAAGCAAGAGAAAGAGCGAAAGACAGAAGAAGAGUGCUCGGAGCAAAAAAAGCAAAAGAGAAAAGAGCCGGAGGAGCGCUCGAAGCAAGAAGGACAAGAGGAACAGUGCUCGGAGCAAGAAGAUGCAGAAGAGUGGAAGAACGAAAAAAGGGUCGAAGGAUGCGGAAGACGGGGACGGAGGCUCGAAUCGCUCGGAGGGCAGUCGGCAGAGAAAAAUUGAGGAGGAGAGGGAUCGGAAAGAGUCCCAUCGAAGCCAGCGAUCAGAAGGAAAUCCGAAUCGGAGUGAAGACCGUCCACAGAAGAGUUCGAGCAAGAAGAGCAAAAAGAGCGGAAAGAGCAAGAAGUUUGUUAUACUUUUCAGAUCCUUCACAAUUGAUCACUUUUCAGAUCUGUCACUAGUUCCAACGUCAAGAAGAGUUCGUCGAAAAAGAGCAGAAAGAGCCAGAAGAGUCAGAAAAGUGAGAAGAACGAGUUGAGGACCGCGAGAAGCCAGCCCUCUCUGAAAACGGCGAAAAGUCAGAAUUCCCUGAAAACGGCGAAAAGUGAGAAGAAUCUGGAGACGAAGGGAAGCAAGAAGGGAUCCAAGAAGAGCUCCAAAUCGGCAAAGAAGACGGUGACGGAAGAAAAUGGAAAGAAAGAGUGAGAGGAUUCGGAAGCAGAUUCAGAAGUGUAUUGACUGUUUUCAGAAGGAAACUGACAACGAAGAAGAAUUAG